AUAGAAAACAGGAACACCACGACCACGAGCGUGACUAAGUAAUAAUUUUCUCAGCGCUUAAAUUUAGAAGCUCUGGAUCAUAAGGUGUCCACUUUUUGCAAGCGCUUCUAUCACGACGAUUUUUCAUAUCAAGAAAGGAAAGAAAAAUGGCUUCGCAGUUCUUGCCUCCCGGACAGCAUUUCGGUCCACCACUAGUAUUGCGGAGUAAAGUCGCCCUACUCGGCGCAGCAAAAUCAGGGAAAACGGCGUUGAGGGAAGUCGCGUGUGAAAAUCCGUUUCCACGAUCAUAUACAGUCACGCUAGCACGCGAGUCGUCAGUGAAAACGGUGCCAAUAACGGAGAAAAACAUAACAGUGGAAUUGCAUUUGCAGGAAUGUGGGAGGUACUCAGAUUCCGGUUUAAAGCUGCGUGUCUUGAUGGUAGUUUUCGCAUUGAGGUGUGUGUAACAAAGUCGUCCAGGCGAGAGUCGCAUGUUGCAUUGUCUACUCAUGACUACAGAGACAUCUCUCAUUUCUAAGACUUCGAAGACGUAAGUCGAAAUAUCUAAGUCCCGAGGCAUCCUAUCCUAUCCUAUCCUAUCCUAUCCCAGCAUUAUCACGCAAUUGCAUGAAAAAACACAGUUUCGACCGCUUACCGGGUCAACUCGAGAAAGCAAUCAAUGGUUGCUCUGUCUUUGUGUUGUGCUAUGACGUGACAGAUGCGGAGUCGUUUUCACAACUUGGAGAGUUCCUACAGACGAUCGACAAAGUGUGUGAGGCGCCUGCUUGCGUAUGUGUGGUGGGGAAUAUUAUGGACGGAAGUUUGUGAUUGUGAGUGUGACUAAGUUCCGUCUGCCGCCGGUUUGCGGACUGGAUAAUAAAGCUGAGGCCGCUCUUUCAGUAGCCGCAGGAUACAAAAAAAAACUUUUUUCUGAAGUCUCCAAAUCCAAAUCUUGUUACCUUGUUUUUGUUAUUUUAUUAUUAACCAUUAGCACUGCCAUAUUAGUAUUAUACAUAUAUAUAUUUUUUUAUCUAGUUUAAGUAUAUAUAUAGCACUUUCUUUACUCCAAUCAACUCUUGUAGGACAACCCACUAACAACCACCAUAGGGAAUGAAAUCCAAAAAUGACCUCUUGACCCGUCUCCAGCUGUCUACUCGACAGCUACCACUGAAGACUAUUAACUUGGCUCUUGUGUUAUAUUUUUUUGUCCAAGGAAACUGAAGGAUCUUGGUCUUCUUCGGUUCAACACAUUAUUAACCAUUAGCACUGCCAUAACUUCAUGAUAAGAGAUGGGGCAAUUUGAAUGAAGUAGUCUGAACUUCUUCAAGAUGGAGAUCCACGAGCACGAGUGCUCUCUCAUCAAGAUUUUCCUUCUUUCAAGGCUAGCUCAUUCUCCUUGGGAGUAUGUUUGUUUGUUCACCAAGGCUAGCUCAUUCUCCUUGGGUGGAGUAUCAUGUUUGUUCAUCUAGUACUAGUAGUCUAUUUCUUGUCUCUACUAGUAGCUUCUCCUCUAAGAUCCAAGUAGACCUUCCUGAAGGCGGUCGGAAGGUAGCGGAACAGACUGGAUUCGAGUUCUGUGGGAACAGGCCGGAUCAAAUGCGGUACUUCGACUGCUCCAUGCUCAACAACACUGGCCUGCCAGAUAUGUGCACACAUAUAGCACAGUUUGUAGCAGAAAACUACGAGGGAAGAGUAGCAGCGUUGAAUGCAAUGCAUGGUGGAAUGGGACCGUUCUGAAGUAGAGGUUUGUCUACUUUAUAGUAUCUUAAAGAGGAGCACACACGACGCGCGCGCAGUCACAGAAGAAGAUGCAUAUUGAAGAUGCUGCAUAGCUGUAGACAGCUACAAUAAGAAACUGCGAACCCGAGUCUCUUGCCUUCUUCGCUUCUCAUUCUUGGAGGAUGUCACGACUCCUGAUGAUGUGGAGUAUCCUCGCAACCGCAAAUGUGAUUAAGUUACUUGUUGUUUGGCAUUGGAUCCUCUCCAG